GCAAGGUGUUUGUUGAUUCUCAUAUAUACCUAAGCAUAAGAAUGGUGGUGGUAAAUGUGCUACUCUGCCAUGUGCUACUUUUUUCUCUACUGGCAAGUAAUGUAACCUGUCAAGAUUGUAUCUAUCCAACACAACAAGAUAUAGAGGAUGUGAUUGAACAGAUCGUAGCAUAUCCGGAUGAAAGCUCUGAUGUUGUUUCUGUUGAUGUCACGAACUUCCAUGUAGUGUGCCUUGCAUUUGGUUAUGACAAGGAUCUGUAUCGUGCUGUGUCGGUGAUUGUUGAAUAUACUUGUUCUGGUGGCAGCAACUGUCCAAUGGGAACCCAAGUAGUUGAACAGAUUGAGUCAGAGUGUGAGGCUGGAAAUUGGUCUACGGUGCACAGUGUACGAGAUAGCACAGCGUACACACGUUCUGAAACUAACGCUGAUUUCUCCACUGCUGUGAGGGAAAACUGCUCUCUAUGUCUAUCCAAUACACUGGCAGAGAGAGUAUCCCUCACAACUGAUCCAGUUACACACUGUGUGGCAUGUGAUUGGACAUGCAAUAGAGGCCAUGGGCGAUGCUUCGGGUUAACACCCUCAGUGUGCAAGGAAGGAGGAAGCUCCUCUUCCUCUUGCUGCAAUUUCUACCACGAGUUAACCUGUGUGGCUAACUGUCCCAGUGCUUACGUUGAAAACGAGGAAAAUGACUGUGUGUGUCCAGUUGGAACUACCGGAAAUAAUUGUGAACAUUCUAUAGAUUGCGGGUGCCUAGAAAACCCAAAGAAUGGUACGGUGGAAUUGACUGGAACUACGUACAACUCUGAAGCAGUCUACUCAUGCAACACUGGCUAUAGUAUGACUGGGAAUAGAAUGAGAGCGUGCAGCGAAAGUGGUGUUUGGUCUGGUACACUACCCAUGUGUACUGCGGCUGACUGUGGAAGUCUUGCUCACCCUGAUGCUGGGAGUGUAGUGUACCGUUCGACACUGUAUGAUGCGGUGGCAGCAUAUUCCUGUGAGUCUGGCUAUAUCCUGACUGGAAACAGUGAGAGAAAGUGCAUGCACGAUGCAGAGUGGUCUGGAGAGACACCAAAAUGCACAAAACCUGAUUGUGGUGAUCUUACACAUCCUACCAAUGGAGAAGUGGCCUAUAAUUCCACGAAAUAUAAUGAAGUGGCAAUCUACUACUGUGACACUGGUUAUAUUCUGACUGGAUAUUGUGAGCGGAAGUGCAUGGAGACAAGUCAGUGGUCUGGGACCACACCUACAUGCUCUGUGGUUAACUGCAGUAACCUGAAAGGCCCUGAACAUGGGAGGGUGUCAGUAACAGACACAACCUACAACUCAGUCGCAACUUACACCUGCAAUGACAGCUAUACCUUAGUUGGAGAUCAUGAAAGCAAAUGUUUGUCUAGCGGAAUUUGGUCUGGUGUUACUCCAAUUUGUACUGGUCAACCAGUUGAUAGCUGUUCCUGUGACUGUACAGGUAUAAGUGUAAGUUUUGCAGUGACAGCAGUCAUCCUCAUUGCCAUUGUCACAUUCCUACUCGGAAUGUGCAUUCAUCACAGAAAGGGAAACCAAAUCCACAAUGGAUCCACAGCAGGUCUACAACAGAUCCAAAAUGGAUCCACAGCAGGUCCACAACAGAUCCAAAAUGGAUCCACAACAGGUCCACAACAGAUCCAAAAUGGAUCCACAACAGGUCCACAACUGAUCCAAAAUGAAUCCACAAUAGGUCCACAACAGAUCCAAAAUGGAUCCACAACAGGUCCACAACAGAUCCAAAAUGGAUCCACAACAGGUCCACAACAGAUCCAAAAUGGAUCCACAACAGGUCCACAACUGAUCCUAAAUGGAUCCACAACAAGUCCACAACAGAUCCAAAAUGGAUCCACAACAGGUCCACAACUGAUCCUAAAUGGAUCCACAACAGGUCCACAACAGAUCCAAAAUGGAUCCACAACAGGUCCACAACAGAUCCACAACGGCGAUAAGCUUUGAAUUUUUAUCCUGUCAUGUUAAGGUAGCUGAACUUCAUACACUGACGUAUAUAUAAAAUCUCAAGACCAAUUGUGGC